AUGUUGGGGGACGACCCAGAGCAAGUACCAAUGCGGUCUCUACUCGUCGCAGGCUUCCUGAUCUCCCGGGCGUUAGCCCAAAACCCGUUCGACUGGAACGGGAUUCGCUAUAGCUGCAAAUGCUAUGAAGGCGACUCGUGUUGGCCCUCAGAGUCGCUUUGGUCUGCCCUGAACGCGACUGUGGAAGGGAACUUGCAGAGAGUUAUCCCUGAUCCUGCGGUCUGCUACAAUACGUUCGAAGGAAUUCCGACGUAUAACCAGGCUGCCUGCCAGGAGGUUACGAGGAACUGGAGUGGUCAGCAAUGGCAGAGCGACCGGGCUGUAUCCAACCACUGGAUCCUGUGGACCAACAACACCUGCUUGCCAACUAACAAUCCCAAUGCCCAGUGUACGAUCGGCUACCUCCCCCGAUACGUUAUUCUUGCCAAGAAGAGGGAGCACGUCAAAGCUGGUAUCGAUUUUGCGAGGACGAACAACAUCCGGCUCGUCAUUCGAAACACUGGACAUGAUUUCAUGGGUCGCUCAACUGGUUAUGGAUCGCUCGCCAUCAACACCCACUCUUUCAAGGACGUCAAUUUCAUCCGCAACUACAAUGGACCUGGUGGUUACACCGGUGGCGCAGUGACUGUCGGUGCUGGUAUCCAAGGGCGAGAGCUUCUCCGACUUGCGAAUCAGCAGAAUCCCCCGGUCGCGAUCGUCACUGGAGAGUGCCCUACUGUCGGUUUUGCUGGUGGCUACAUCCAGGGUGGAGGACAUGGUCCUCUCGCGUCGUACUAUGGCAUGGCUGCCGACCAAGCCCUCUCGUUCGACGUCAUCACCGCUGAUGGAGAAUUCCGUACUGCGAAUGCCGAAUCCAACCCUGACCUUUUCUGGGCUCUCAAGGGAGGAGGACCAUCGACGUUUGCCGCCAUCCUCUCCGUCACAGUCAAGACGUUCCCCGAAGUCCCCACCGCUGGCGUCGUCAUGACCUUCAACAGCUUCAACCCCGACGUCUCUUGGCGCGCAUUCGCUGCUUUCCACAACCUCGCCAACCGAUGGGUGGAGAACGGCAUGUUCGUCUAUUACGAACUCUUCGGACCGUUCCUCAACAUCCGACCCUUCGUUGGCCCUAACAUGAAUGCAGCCAAGAUCAACCAGGUCCUCCAACCCCUCUACGACCAGCUCAGGAGCAUGAACGUGCAAUACACAGCUACCGUACGCGAGUACCGAACCUUCUUCGACCUCUACAUCGACCUCUUCCAAGACGAAGCCGCUGGUGCCAACUCGAUCGUCGGAGGACGCAUCUUCACCAAACAAGACAUCGCCCAGCACGGGGACGAGAUCGUUGACGCCAUCCGACGCUCAGGCGGAGGCAUUGUCGGGCACAUCGUUGGACCAGGCUUCGGCGCGCCCAAUGUGGACAACGCGAUCCACCCCGCUUGGCGUAACGCGUCGUCGUUCUCCAUCACUGGCGUCAACCUUCCCAACACCUUUACCUGGGCGCAGAAGGAGGCAGCGCAGAGGCAGUUGACGAACGACGUCGAUGGUCCUAUUCGGGAUGCUAGCCCGUAUGGUGCUGCGUACGUGAACGAGGGAAACCUGGAGGAGCCCAACUGGCAGGAGGCGUAUUGGGGCAGCAACUACCCCAGGUUGAAGGAGCUGAAGGCUAAAUGGGACCCCCAGGGAGUCUUCUAUGCUAGGACGACCCCUGGAACGGAGCAAUGGGAAGUUAUUGAUUGGGGCAGGAGGCUUUGCAAGAGGCCCAGCUAA